AUGGCGGGCCCGGGCCCGGGGCUGGGCCCGGGGCUGAGCGAGCGGGAGCAGGCGGGAUGCCGGGCCCUGCUGGAGCUGCUGAGCACCGAGGAGCUGGUGGCGCUCACCGACACCGUCACCGGCCGCAUGGUGCACCCGGAGAGCCGGCAAGAAGCCAUUCACGCCAUCCUGCUUUACAGCCAGAACGUGGAAGAGCUUCUGAGACGCAGGAAAGUCUACCGAGAAAUAAUCUUUAAGUAUUUGGCGGCCCAGGGGAUUCCAGCCCCUCCUUCCUUGGAGAAACAUCUGCUCAUUGACCGUGUGAGGCAGUUCUGGAGUGGGAAGCUCUCGGCUCCAGCCUCGGAGUCGGGGCACACAAAAGCACGUGCAGAGGGUCACGGAGAGGGAGGGAAGUCACCGCAGGAUGACAUCGGUGGCCUGGGAGGCCAGUUCUGCCGGUGGUACUUCGAACUCCUGAACUCCCAGCACCCCCUGGGAGUGAAAUCUGAGGAAACCUGGGGACCACAGCAUUUCUGGGAGGAUGCCAAGAUGAAGUUCUGCUACAACACCCUGGAGAAGAACGUGGAGCAGUACGUCGGGGCGGACAUGGUGAGCCUGCGGCUGCUCUCCUUGGUGAAGGAGGAGUGCCUGCUCUUCAACCCCAACCUGCACGGCAACGGCCUCAAAUUCGCCAUGUCCCCUCACGGCCUGGUGCUGGUGGCGGUGGCCGGCACGGUGCACAGGGACAACGCUUGCCUGGGCAUCUUCGAGCAGAUCUUUGGGCUCAUCAGCUGCCCCGUCAGGAACAACACCUGGAAAAUCAAAGUGGUGGAUCUCAGAAUAGUGGGGCGGAACGCUAUGGAGCCGGGGGUGCAGAUGGAGAGGCCCUCCAUAAAAUACGAGCCAAACCAGCUGAGGGAGUUCUACGAUGGGAAGGAACUGACCGUGCUCGAACCUCGGAACUUCUGAGGUUCUCUGAAGUUUUCUCGCGCUGGGGUGAGGGGUGGGUGAUUGCACCCUUCUCUGAGUAAGGUUUUCUGAGA